CCCACUCUUUAGUUUUCUCAUUCACCUUCUACUCUCCGAUUUCUAUCACUGGGCCAUUUUCUGCACACAAACCCUCACUAAACCAUAGAGAUAAUAUAUCUAAAGAAGAAGAAACUUGGGUAAAUCAAAGAUGUUGUGGCAAACAUAUGUUGAUGAUCACUUGCUUUGUGAGAUUGAAGGUAAUCAUCUCACUUCUGCUGCUAUUAUCGGUCAAGACGGCAAUGUUUGGGCCCAAUCUGCUAAUUUCCCUCAGCUCAACUGUUCAGGACAAAUAAUUCUUCAUGCAGUCUCAUGGUUUGCUGGCGAGCUGCUAAGGUGAUGAAUCUGAAGAUAUCAAAGAUAUUAUCGAGGAAGAUGAUGAUGACCAGAAUAAAGAGGAGGUGAUGGAAAAGAAGGAAAAGAACGACGGCGAUCAGACAAAGUCGAAUGGUUGUAAGUCGAAGGACAGAGGAACUGAAAAUGAUAGGCACGGAGAUGGCAGCAGGAAGACUGAGGGACCAAUUGACGCUGGUGGAAUUUGUAGAGAUCAUCUAGGAUAUUGGACAAUUCUUGCAAUUCUUCAUAGUUGUGGCAAGAGGAGAGCAAUGAUACACGACGUGACUUCUGUGAAUUGUAUGAUGUACUCGCAUCAUCUUGGCUGUUCUUUUGCAGAACAACAUUGUUUUGGCCUACUAAGCUCACUAAGUCAUGACCAGAUUCCUUUCAAAGUUGUAUUUCACACUGGUUAUAGGGGUGACUCAGCUAUCUUCAACUAUAAGCCAACAUCUCAUAUCAACUUCUUACAAGAGACUAAUUUUUUCCUAAAUAGUUGUUUGAUUCAAGUUAUUUGCACUUCGUUAGUUGUUACCCAGAGAGAUAUUCAACUAUAUAUUAGAAUGAGGUGCUGGUCAACAAAGGCUCCUUCUUUCCCAGGCGGCUUGUUCUACUUAAUGAUCAGGCUAAUUUUUCAGGUCAAGCAAGCCACUUCUCGAGCUCACUUUUGGCUUCUUUUUUUUCCGGCUUGUAUAAACAUUUUUUUGUGAUCGUUGUGCUCAUGGAACAAAGGAGCUAUUGCGUGGUUUAUUUGCAGAAAGUAUGUCUUAGAGCCUUGAUAACGACAUUGAAGCGCACAUAAAGCGAGGCAAAGCGCUCAACAUGUUUUGAGCUUCCCUUCAAGGCUUAAGCGCGCCUUUGACAACAGUGCUAAUAAGCGGGCUGAAGAUGUUUUGAGAUGGAGGGAGACGGAUUGUCAUCAAGUUUGUAGCUCUAUUGGAUUUUUAUAAAUAUUAUCAUGGGAAGCCACCUUUUACCAAAUUUGCUAUUUACCUGAAGGAGAAUUGAAUGCAGAUCAGCAGAAGAUCUACAAAGUGAAUAUAUUCAUGAUCAACUUAAAGAGUUUGAGCUGCAUGAUUGUGCUGGUAAAUCAUAUUGUAGAAGUUAGAAUUGUUGGUCCAUUCUCAGCAGGUGAAUCCUGGUACUAUUGAUGUGGCCUUCACAAAACACAGUCAAUGUCAAGUCCGAAAAAAACAUGGGGAUUGCAUUAGCUUGAUGGCCAGAUCUUGAUAGAUCAAGUGCCUAUGUGGAAGGAUUCAUAUAUGUGCAUGCCCGUCAAUUGCGCUUCAAUACGUAAGGAAGUCGAAGAAAAUUAUGCAAGUGUGAAUCAUACAAUUCAGGUUGAGAUGAAAAAAACUUCAUUUAACAACUGUUUUAUUCUUCGAGUCAAUAAGCAAAAGGAGGACUAGAUUGGAGUGUGUUUUCGCACCGGAUAGUUUGGUACAAAAAUACUUUUACAUUGUUUGGUUAACUCAAACCUUUUAGGUUGUCUUUGUAAUGUGCAAUGUGGACUUCUAUAGCCACAAAUCAUGGUUCUUUAGGCGUUGUUUUAGUUUGCAGUUGUGCCAAAGUAAUGUUUCAUUCCAACAAUCAUUACUUGGACGAGUGAUGGCAACUUACAGUUGUAAGCAAGACAAGGCUAUCCGGGAAUCAAAUAAAAAUUACAUCCUGUAUUUGUAUUUA